AUGGCAGACUCCAACAUGGAUGCCGGCACCACCGUGUCUGAGACAGUGGCUGAAGAAGUGUCCCUUUUCAGCACGGCGGACAUGAUCCUGUUUUCUCUCAUCGUGGGUGUCAUGACAUACUGGUUCCUCUUCAGGAAGAAAAAAGAAGAAGUCCCUGAGUUCACCAAGAUUCAGACCACGACCUCCUCUGUCAAAGACAGAAGCUUCGUGGAAAAGAUGAAGAAGACGGGCAGGAACAUCAUCGUGUUCUACGGCUCCCAGACGGGGACUGCUGAGGAGUUUGCCAACCGCCUGUCUAAGGACGCCCACCGCUAUGGGAUGCGGGGCAUGGCAGCUGACCCCGAGGAGUACGACCUGGCCGACCUGAGCAGCCUGCCAGAGGUUGAGAAGGCCCUGGCCGUGUUCUGCAUGGCCACCUACGGUGAGGGGGACCCCACCGACAACGCCCAGGACUUCUAUGACUGGCUGCAGGAGACGGACACGGACCUUUCUGGGGUCAAGUACGCGGUGUUUGCCCUUGGGAACAAGACCUACGAGCACUUCAACGCCAUGGGCAAGUACGUGGAUAAGCGGCUGGAACAGCUCGGCGCCCAGCGGAUCUUUGAUCUGGGGCUGGGCGACGACGAUGGGAACCUGGAGGAGGACUUCAUCACGUGGCGAGAGCAGUUCUGGCCGGCCGUGUGCGAGCACUUCGGGGUGGAAGCUACGGGAGAGGAGUCCAGCAUCCGUCAGUACGAACUUGUGGUCCACACGGACAUGGACCUGGCCAAGGUGUACACAGGCGAGAUGGGCCGCCUGAAGAGCUACGAGAACCAGAAACCCCCCUUCGACGCCAAGAACCCAUUCCUGGCUGUCGUCACCACCAACCGGAAGCUGAACCAGGGAACCGAGCGACACCUCAUGCACCUGGAAUUAGACAUCUCGGACUCCAAAAUCAGGUAUGAGUCCGGGGACCACGUGGCUGUUUAUCCGGCUAAUGACUCUGCCGUGGUGAACCAGCUUGGCGAGAUCCUGGGUGCCGACCUGGAUGUCAUCAUGUCCCUGAACAAUCUUGACGAGGAGUCCAACAAGAAGCACCCCUUCCCCUGCCCCACCUCCUACCGCACGGCGCUCACCUACUACCUGGACAUCACCAACCCGCCGCGCACCAACGUGCUCUACGAGCUGGCCCAGUACGCCUCGGAGCCCACCGAGCAGGAGCAGCUGCGCAAGAUGGCCUCUUCGUCGGGCGAGGGCAAGGAGCUGUACCUGAGGUGGGUGCUGGAGGCUCGGCGGCACAUCCUGGCCAUCCUGCAGGACUACCCGUCCCUGCGGCCCCCCAUCGACCACCUGUGCGAGCUGCUGCCUCGUCUGCAGGCCCGCUACUACUCCAUCGCCUCGUCCUCCAAGGUGCACCCCAACUCCGUGCACAUCUGCGCUGUGGUCGUGGAGUACGAAACCAAGACGAGCCGCAUCAACAAGGGCGUGGCCACCAGCUGGCUGCGGGCCAAGGAGCCAGCCCGGGAGAACGGCGGCAGGGCCCUGGUGCCCAUGUUCGUGCGCAAGUCCCAGUUCCGCCUGCCCUUCAAGCCCACCACGCCCGUCGUCAUGGUGGGCCCCGGCACCGGCGUUGCCCCCUUCAUAGGCUUCAUCCAGGAGCGGGCCUGGUUGAGGCAGCAGGGCAAGGAGGUGGGCGAGACGCUGCUCUAUUACGGCUGCCGGCGCUCUGACGAGGACUACCUGUACCGUGAGGAGCUGGCCGGCUUCCACAAGGACGGCACCCUCACCCAGCUCAACGUAGCCUUCUCCCGCGAGCAGCCCCAGAAGGUCUACGUGCAGCACUUACUCAAGAAGGACAAGGAGCACCUGUGGAAACUCAUCCAUGAGGGGGGCGCCCACAUCUAUGUGUGUGGGGACGCUCGGAACAUGGCAAGGGACGUGCAGAACACCUUCUACGACAUUGUGGCAGAGCAAGGUGCCAUGGAGCACGCCCAGGCUGUGGACUACGUCAAGAAGCUGAUGACCAAGGGCCGCUACUCCAUGGAUGUGUGGAGCUAG